GUAGCAAAGGAGUUCGCAGUUAUUAAACACUCCGUUCCAAUGUUUAAAUUAGUGAAUAAACCACGGUUAUGGGGCCAAUUGAGAUUCCUCUCGAACAGGAAAGCCCAAAUUUCUAUGUUUCGAGAUGUUCGUCAUUUUCCAGCCUUUCAAAAGUCCUUGAGGAACAGAAUGUACCACACAGAUAUUGAGAGAAUCAAGAAAGAAACAGACUUGAACGAUACUGAUGUAUCAGCUUCAGCAACAGGUGUGGUGGAUAUCGAUAAGACUAAGGAAGUAUUGUUAUACUUCGACCAUAUCUACGAUCGGGGUGUCUCUCUGUUUAAGUUCAAACAGUAUUUGAAUCUUUUGAUUCCUGAUAAGGACAUUGAUACAUUAAAGAAGGAAGUCUGGGAAAUGGCUAAUAAAGAAGACAAUCCAUUGCCUGAAUCUACAAGUAUUAUGGACUUUAUUCCAUUGAGAAGAGAUUCUGGAGCAUUCGUGAAGUUUUCGGUACCUGAAGGAUACUCUCCUAAAGAAGUGAUUGCUAAAAUUUGUACCAAUGUGUCUAACAGUGAAAACGAUGCCAAUAAUUUCAAAAAGCUUUAUAUGAGAUUGACAAGGAAUAAUCCGACCACUUUUCAAGUUAAAGGGACUCCCUGGAUUGAAGAUCUAAGAAGAUUUCCAAGUUCCAAGCUUAAAGUGAAGUUUGAAGGUCCCUCGUUGACAGAAGAAGAAUUAUACAUUCUCUUCAGGCGUUACGGUACAAUAAUUGAUAUAAAUCCAGCUUCUAGUUCCAAUCCUAUUGCCUUGAUUCAGUUCAAAAGGCUCAGAUCCAGUAUUUGUGCUAAGAACUGUAUUACGGGUUUAAGCUUAGAUGGAGGAAAAACGACAUUGCACCUUCAAUAUGUGCCAAUUGAAAGAGUCAAUUAUAUUACUGACUUUAUCUCCAAUCAUCAAAGAAUCGCUGUUCCGAUUUUAUUAGCUCUACUUGCCACUGUUGCUGUGUUGAUUUUUGACCCCAUCAGACAGUUUUUCAUUGAAGAAAAGAUUCAACACAGACUUUCACUCCUGUAUUAUAGAGAUAGUAGGUAUCUCAAGCUUUUUACAAGACCCUUGGUCACAAUCCAGUCUUGGUUUUUCACAGGAUAUGACUACAUAGGUGAAUCAUUGGACUCAAAAUGCCACCAAGAUACGAUAGCCAAUGAAUCUGACUUGGAUAACGAAGAGAAUUUGGAUUCCAAUAACUUGUGGCACGAGAGGUCAGAUAAGAUAAAACAACUCAAGUUAUGGAUUCUUGAAAAUGUGCUGACUUUUAUCAUUGUUAGAGGACCUAAAGGAUCUGGGAAACGUGAGAUGGUUGUCCAGGAUACCCUUUUAUCAGAUGCCCAAUUAAAACAAAAGGUAUUGUACUUGGACUGCGAUGAAAUCAUUAAGGCAAGAUCUGAUACAAAACUAGUAGAAUCCAUUGCCUCUCAGGUGGGAUAUUAUCCAGUUUUCAGUUGGUUGAGCUCUAUAUCUCAAUUUAUUGAUUUGGGAGUUCAGAGUGUUACCGGUCAAAAAUCUGGAUUAAGUGAAUCAAAGGAGACACAAGUCAAGAACAUAUUCCUGUUGACAACUCAAGCCCUCAGAUCUACUGCAUUGAGAGAAUAUGGUGAAUAUGAACGUCAAGUUUCUGCUCGGAAAAGACGACAAGAACAUAGAAAAAGACUGAAUCCAGGGUUGGAAAUAAAGUUGGAUGAUGUGAUGAAACCUGAUGAGUAUUUACAGCAACGUCCUGAAGCUAAGCCUGUUAUUGUCAUCAACAAAUUUGCCAGUAAAUCUCGAAAUAGCUCCAAUGAUUUUAUUUACAAGAUGAUGAGUGAUUGGGCUGCUACUCUUGUUCAAAGCAAUUUAGCGCAUGUCAUUUUUAUCACCAAUGAUGUUGGUUCCAUUCUGGUAUUGAAUUCCUCUUUGCCAAAUCAGGUUUUCAAGACGAUCACUUUGAACGAUGCUUCCGAAACCAGUAGUUAUUACUAUGUGAUGAACAAGUUAAAAGAUUUAAGAUACGAGAAGUUCAAUUCGGAUAUUAUUAAGGAAACUUUGAAGCCAUUGGGAGGCAGAAUGUUAGAUUUACAAGCAUUUAUCAGACGAAUAAGGUCUGGUGAGACUCCUCAGCAAUCUUUAACAGAAAUGGUAUCCCAAGCAGCUGAACAAAUCACCACCUUUUUCUUGUACAACAAUACCAAGCCUGGUGAUGAAGACUUCAAGAACUGGGAUCCCCUUCAAGUGUGGGAGUUGAUAAAAUUGUUAUCUUCUAAGGACAUCAUCAAAUACAACGAAUUAACCAAAUCGCCUUUGUUUAAAGCUGGUAAUAACACAAUGGAAGUCUUGUCAGCAUUAGAGAAGAAUGACUUGCUUACCCUCAGACGUGAAAAUGGGGUCUUAAACGAAAUCAGGACUGGAAGGCCAAUUUUCAAAGCAGCCUUCAAGACCUUGAUCGACGACAAAGAUAUCUUUGCGAGCCUCGAAAUCGGCCACUAUAAUAAUUUGGCCAAGCUCGAAACUGCUAAAAUUAAAGAUUACGAAGAAGAGUUGAGUAAAUUCCACUUCAAAGAAUACAAAUUGGACAACAGAUUAAAAUAUUUAGUCGAUAAGAUUGAGGAAUCUAACACCAAAGUUAAUCAAUACGAACAAACAGCGGACGAUAUUAAGAAAGGAGUUUCCAAUCAUUCUACCUCGUUUUUGGGUAUUUUCUAAGAUCUUUUAGUUACUUGUACAUAGUAAACUCUUGUUUUAAUAGCUAAUGGACUCGUAUUCAUCUUAAUAAAAGUUUGUCAAGGGACAGUACAACAGAGAUUUACAAACUUGGCACCUAAACCAUUGAUUUCCCAAGAAUAAACGAAAGAAGCAUCAAUGCAAUGAUAAUCAACCUUUCAAUACUGUCCAAUUUCUUCCCUAAUCUUUCAUUCAGUUCGUGUAAAGUCUCGAAUUCCUUUGAAAUAUCGGAAGGUACCAACGUCUGUGAUUCCCGCGACGCCUGUGCUUCUUUGAUUUCUUUGGCCUUAGCAGCUUGGUACGCACUUUGGUAAUUGUUGUUUGAAGGCUGUUGGCUAACAUGUUCACGUGGAGCACCGUUAUAAGUCUGAACUUCAUCGGCCGGCAGGCGACUUGUAGAACCAGAGGAACGUUUAGCUCCUACCGAUGCUACCGCACCCGCUGCCCCAACGGCUGCACCGGCAGCAGCUGUUCCGGCGACAGAACCAUUGGUGCUGUUAGCUGAGCCGUUAGCAACAAAUUUGGAAAUCCUUUUGGAUUUUCCAUUCAAUUUAGUUGGAGAUCCAACACCCAAAUCGGCAGCCGCGGCUGGUGCCUCAGCAGAUUCAUUGAGGUUCACAUACUUGACCUUAAUUUUGUCCAAUUGCAAGGAGUCACCGUACUUUUUCUGCAACUCUGGCCAGUUGUUAGAGAGUUCGUCAGUAGUGAGACCAUCACUUGGCAACGACAUUAUUAAGAAUUGGUGCUUCGAUUGAUAGUUUACAGGUAACCGAUAUCUCAAUGUUGGUAAAGUAAACGAGACGUUGACCGAUUCCUGGGGAUUUACAACUCUGAUAUUAGGUUUAACAGAAUACACAUUCUUAACAUUAAUUUUGGCCUUAAAAGCUAAUGGAUAUGAACUGGUAUUCUUGACGGUAAGGUAGGCAGUGGUAGGCGUCUUGAAGUCGCUUUUGAACUCCAAUUGUUUAGGAUAUACUUGCAUGCUUGGUGUAGUGCAAUGAACUCGAGUGAAAAAUAACCGGGGAAGGGUUUCAGUUCUUUAAAAGUGCUU